UUGUGCGGAGUGAAAUGAAAAAAAGCUAAAAUGUAGAAAAAGUUGAAAAUAAUUUAUACAUACGAGUCUCUAUGAAAUGCGGGAAGCUGUGUAUGAUCGUUUUCAAAUGUGCCGCAGCCAGUUGCAUAUGAAAAGGCUGUGAGAAAUGUGCUUGUGAGAUUUGUAUUUUGUGACGAGGGAAGCUGUGCUGUUCGCGAUAUUAGGGAUUUUUUAAGUGAAAUUUUACGAAGUUUACAGCAACAAAAUGCCACCAAGAAAACAUAAAAACAAAAAGAAGCAUCACCAACACCAAGCUCAACAACAGCAACAACAAGUGUCGCCUGUGCAAUCGAGCAAUAAAAGUUCUCCAACCAAAAUGGAAGGCAACGCUGAGUCUUGCGAUUCAACAUCAAAGCAGCUUCCCUUUAGAAUUGAAAAAUCAACGGUAUUGGGUCGCUACGUGGUGGCGAAUCGCGACUUGAAAGCCGGUGAACUGCUCAUUACAGAGGAGCCUUUAGCCAUUGGACCGUGUGUUUCAGCGGAUGCCGUCUGUUUGGGUUGUUAUAUGCCAGUGGAGUUGCAGUCAGGACAAUAUCGCUGCUCGGCUUGCAAAUGGCCAAUGUGUGGCCCGCAAUGCCGUGGCUUGCAUCAGCCCACAGGACACACCGCACAGGAGUGUGAGCUGCUGCGUACGCAUAAACUGGGCGAGUCGCUGGAAGCCAUACGCGACAAACCGGAUUUGGUGAAGAACUACUAUGAACUCAUACUGAUUGUGCGCAUCUUCCUAAUCAAACAAAAUGCACCGGAAAUAUACGCCGACAUAUUGCAAAUGGAAUCACAUACGGAGCUGCGUAAAUCCAAUACCGAAUUGUGGCAAUACUAUGAGCAGAAUGUGGUGCAACGGCUGCAAAGGGAUUGGGGCAUGGCGGCGCUCACCGUCGAUGAGAUACACACCGUUUGCGGUAUUUUGGAUGUGAACUGCUUUGAAAUUGGUCAAAAUUCGGCGAAGGCACGUUGUUUGUACAAGAGCGCGUUUUUGUUGGCGCACGAUUGUUGUCCCAAUACGGCGCACACCGAUGAUCCGCAAAGUUACGCGAUCAUUUUACGCACAUCGCGUGCGAUACGAAAGGACGAGGGCAUCACACUGAGCUAUGCUUACACGCUGCAGGGCACCCUUAAGCGUCGCGAGUUCAUGCACGCUGGCAAAUUGUUCUGGUGUUGCUGUCAGCGUUGCGCCGAUCCGAAGGAACUCGGCACAGAUUGUAGCGCGCUGUUGUGUCCGAAGUGUAAAAGUGGAUCUGUACGUUCUGUAGAGCCACUGAAUCAGUCGGCGGCUUGGAGUUGUGAUCGCUGUGACUAUACGCUAAAAUCGACGGAGAUUGUGAAAUUAUUAGACACAAUUAAUAUGAAUUUGGAGAGCAUAGAUGCGCACAAUAUACCGGGAUUGGAAGGUUUCCUAAAAAAAUAUGAACGCGUGCUCGGACCCAAUCACUACCUACUGCUUUCAGCGAAAUAUUCUCUCUGUCAAAUCUAUGGGCGUAUUGAGGGUUAUCUGCUACAUACAAUGCCGCUGGAAAAUGUAGAGAAGAAGGAGAAUUAUUGUCGCCAUUUUUUGAGUAUUAUUAAUGUCUUGGAACCAGGGCUAACACGUUUGAGAGGUCUCAUUUUAUAUGAACUACAUGGCGCCAUAAUGAUGCGUUCACAGCGCUUGAUGAUGACCGGCGGCAUAGGUGAGGCAGAAUUCAAGCGUAACAUUAAGGAGGUCAUCAAAUGUUUGCAGGAGAGUCGAGAUAUUCUGCUGUUAGAGCCGAUUGGUUCGAGUGAACAUGAAAUGGGCUCAGCAGCGGCAGGUGCGCUAACAGAAAUGGGCGUCAAGUGAACCGGACAGGAUCACUUUCAUCAGUUUUUUAGUGCAACAUACAUUUUCGUAUGCAUUUCGCUGUAAUUUUUGACCUCGAAGUUGAUUUUAUGCGUGGUGCCGUAAUUUUGGCUGUACUACCGACCAUUCAAGUCACAACAACACAUUCGCAUACACAUACAUAUUUUUCAUAUAGUUUCAACUAUACAUAUUUAGACACAAAAGCAUCUCAUGACUACGAGUAACAUAGUCUUGCAUGAUCAUGCACAAACUUACAUUUAUAAGCAUGGAAAUAAUAUUUUACUCUCUGAAGUACCAUUACCAACAUAUACCAACAUACACAUACCACUACCAACAUAUCUGCCACUAUAUUCCAUACAUUUGCAUGUAUUCUUUUUAGAAUAAAAUCUUUCAUUACAUUUUUUUAGUUUUAAAGUGUUUCAUACUAUAUCGCCCUAGAAAUACAGGGUAAGUAAAUUCAUCAAAGCAGAUCACUAGUCUAUUCUCAUUAAUGCAUGGUGUUACUUUUGAGGACUUUACUUGAGAAUUUCCAGAAUUUGAGAGGAAUUCACUCAAGAUCAAUACAUUUUCAUCAACUUUAUUUCGUUAGUAAUUUCAAUUUCAAAAUCUAAGAUUAUCAAUCAUAUAGAAAUACCCUCUUAUUUCACAAAUCAUGUUCCAUUAAACAUAUUUCACAAGAUUUUUGUUCAUAAAUAGUAAAAAAUAUAUCUGAAGUCACAAUUCAUCGAUCAUAGAUCAACAAUAUAACAUAGAUCGAUUCAGUAGUCAUACAAUAAAACAUAAAUCACAAUUCAUCAAAGAAAAUUCAUGAUUCAUAAAUUUUUAUUCAUAUAUUGCAUGUCAUAUAUGAAGAACCAUCAAUCGUCUUGCACCUCAUGGAUUUCUCUACUCAUUGCACAUUCAUCGUCAAUGAUCCACACUUCACUGAUUUCACCUUCAUUAUACAUUAAUGGCUCACCUUAAAUAUUUUCCAAAAUUAUUUAUUUAGCAUGCUCCAUUUAACAUAGACAUGAACCGUAAUAUUCCGAAAAAUUUAAAGAAGAUUUUUCACAAUUAUUUAUUUAGCAUGCUCCAUUUAUCAUAGACAUGAACCAUAAUAUUCCGUAAAAAUUAAAGAUUUUUUACAAUUAUUUAUUUAGCAUGCUCCAUUUAUCAUAGACAUGAAUUAUAAUAUUCUGUAAAAAUUCAAAUAUCAUAAGACGAUCAUUUGGUUGAAAUUUAUCAUUUAUUCACUUGCAUGGUAUUUGACAUUCAUCAUAUCACUUCUUCGCUUGUUUUAUUUUUGGAAUCACCAUUUAUUAUUCAUUCCUUAAUCAUUAUGCAUGUUUUAUUCGCCAAAUAUUCAUCAAUGGUUGAUGCAUGGUUUAUUCGUCAUUCAAUAUUUUUAAAUCAUAACUAAACUUAUUUUCACUUCAUUUAUUAUAUGAUUUGUAAAUCAUCACUUAAAGUUUGAAAUUUAUCAUUAAUCAUCCCAAACAUUCGUCACUUUCCAUUUGUCACAAAUCCGAUUUUCCAUUCUCCAUUCAAUCAUUCGUCACUUUCCAUUUUUCACAAAUCCGAUUUUCCAUUCUCCAUUCAUUACACACCACACAAUUAUAAUUAAAAGUUUCACAGUUUGAAAACUAUAUAAAUCCUUACUCAGCAAUUAUAAGAAAAUUAGUCAUUAAACAAUCACAUUUCAAUCAGUACAUUCAUUCCUCAUCACUCACUUCAAAUCAGAAUCUUAAAUCAAAAUUCAUCUAAGUCAAACUUAAAGAAGUUUUGCAUGCUGACAACUAAAGAAAAUGCAAAAUUUAUAGCAGUUUUGCAUGCUGAAAACUUAAAAACAAAUACAUUAAUAAUCAACCGUAGUUCCGGAUUAUUAUUUGAAAAAUCACUUAUUUAUGAUUUAAUUGAUCAGUCAUUAGUCGUUGCAUGUCUCAGUCAAUCAUCAAAUCUCACAAAGCACCUUUGCAUGCUAAACACUUGAAAAAUAUCAAUCCUUACUCAUCAAUCAUAGUUCAUAAUUAGUCAUUUUGUCAUUACUUUCCAUUUAUUCGAAUAUUCACUUAUCAUGGGCUCCAUACUCGUAUCAUAUUCGGUAAAUAAAGUUACUAGAGUAUUCUAGUCUCACUUUUCAGUCAUAAUUCAUGAUACGUGACUGAAAAAUGUUUUUUCAUUCAUUCCUGAUCAAUCUCAUUGGAAAUUAGCCAUUAUUCAUAUAAUACGAGUAUGUCAUAGGGGUAAAAAAAAUCGGAGAAUGAUAGUUUACUAAAACAUUUAUGAAAUUGAUAAAAAGUUGCAUGUGCGAAGUAGUUCAUAGAUCGGUUAAUAAAGCCCGCUACUAUUAUAAAAUCAGAGCGCGGAAAAUAAUUUUAAUUCAAAUUCAGGAGAAUUUAUGAAGUAGCUUCAAUAUCAAAAAUUAUGCUGGAAGGAACAUUGUCACUGUAGAGCUCCACAGAAAAUAAUCUGGGAUCCGCCGUUGAUAUACAUACAACCUAAUAUCUAUUAUGUAUUCCAUCCAUUUAUGACACAUUUCAUAUGUAUAUCUUUUUGGGUAUAUAGUUUAUUACAUAUAAACUAGAAACAAUGCAUGAUUAUGAGCGGUCAUCAGUUCUCUAUCACAACCAUAUACUAUGUAUUAGAUUAUUUGAAAUUACUAUUGAUUAUUUAUCCCCAUCUUUUGUUAUUUUUCACAUUUCAUAAAUUAUCGUUAAAUUGAACCAUCGUAUUUGGCCUUUAUUAUCUGUGACCUACAAUAGAAUGUCAUCUGUCAUCUAUCAUCAACCAUUUGCCACAGAUAAUGUUAUUUGGAUUAUCUUUGAUAUGUUAUCUGCAUGUUUCAAUCAAAGAGAUCAGGCAUAUCAGGUGCUCUCAUGUAACCAUUAUAGAUUAUCUAUCACCUUCGUUCUUACACAUCAAUCACCACUCAACAGACAUUAUCUACAUUGAGUUGCAUUAUUCAAGCUACACAACUGGACUUGAUAAUUUGGAGCAGAUAACACCACCAAUGGCCAGUCACCGGCACUAAAGGAAAUCCGGAAAUUAAUUGUUGCUCUUCUUAUUAUUGUAAUCUAUUUUAGAACACGCGAAAAAGUAAAUUUAAGAAUUUAUGUACAUGUAUUGUAUAUGAGUAUGUAAAACAUAGUAGUAUGCCUCUAAAUAAUUGAAUAAUUUUAUGUCAGUAAUUAAAACCAUUUGUGGUAUAAUAACAGAUAACCGCAAAAAAAAAACA